AAUAUGGAAACCUCGAAAAAUGUAUAGUUUUUACUCAAAAUGCACCUGAUAAAUUUUCGAGCGGAACUUUUCUCUUUGAUAAAAAAUUGAAUGAUGUCACGGAAAAAUAUGACCAAAAUCGUGCGAAAAAGGAGUUUGACCAAGAAUUUAAAGAACGUGAACAAAAAUUGAUAAAGGAAUAUAGGAUUAUGAUGGAAGAGGCUUUGAGAGGCCCUUCCGUUUUCGAUACGUCUUCUAACAUAACUUCUGGGAGUAGUAGUAAACAUGAUGAUCGAUAG